AACACACUAAUAGCCGGUCACCUGCACACCCCUGCAGCGUUGCGCUGACCUGUUAGCUUGGGCUUUAGGAGCUUUGCUGAAAUUAUUUUGGGAUAUCCACCUCUGGAAAAAAAAUAAAAUGUGCAUCCCUCAUUUGCUAACAGCUGGGCCUAAAACUAGCAAAACAGAAGCAGCACGAAGGGACCUCAAGCAGCUGACAAGGUUACAGCGAUACGGAAUUAGGAACAUUGCUGCUUUACAGGGUUUCCCAAAUAAAGGUGGCACGGUGGACGACUGGUUAGCACAUCUGCCUCACAGUUCUGAGGACCCGGAUUUAAAUUUAGCCUCGCCUGUGAGGAGUUUGCAUGUUCUCCCCGUGCCCGGGUGGGUUUUCUCCGGGCACUCCGGUUUCCUCCCAUAUCCCCAAAACAUGCAUGAUUUUGAAGAUGAUGACAUGUAUGGACAAUCUGUAGAGGAUGACUACUGUAUAUCACCAGCAACAGCAAAUCAGUUCAUCUAUUCUUGUCGAGAGAAACAAGUGCCGAAGGAAGAGACCCUUGAAGAGGAAGAAUACGAAGAAAAGGAUGCACCCAUGUCCCCGACCAUCAGCCAUAACCUUGACCCGCUUGAGCAAGCCAAGCUCUACUCAUGCCUGGACCACAUGAGGGCUGUGCUGGGUGACUCGAUGCCAGACUCCGUGUUGAACCAGGCAGCCAUAAGAUGUGGAUUCGAUGCACAGAGGGCGCUUGAUGCGGUUUUGUCCGAAGAACCCAUAAUGGCCCACAUCCCCAACACCACAGCUGACGUUCCGCCUGCUGUCCAGAAAUUGAGUGAGGAGAAAGCGCCUUUACCUCAAAGAAGCAAGCAGACGGCCGUGAUUGAGAAAGGAGCCGACUCGUUUGCCUCUUUGUCAGACAUGAUAGCUGCAGCGCCCAAACUCGACAUUUUGUCACCGCUUAUGAUGCUCGGCGGCUGCCGACAGCAGAAUAAUGGCGGGCUUGGCGUUAGCAGCACUAGUCUGGCACACCUCAUAUCUGAGCAUGAGCAAAACAGUAAACAGACAGGCGUUGGCGACAAGGGGUCCGGUUUGGCCGCGCCAUCCCUGAACACACCUCUCAUUUUUAAUAAUAAUCUGUUUUUGGGCACGUUAGAAUCUUUAAAUAUGUCAUCUGUGCCUCACAGUUCAGCUCCUUCGCUACUUUCAGCUUCCCAAAGUAGCCUCUCCAUAACGCCACCCGGUAUAAAAACUGCAACACCGCCUCCUGGAUUCGGGUGUCUGGGUUCUGACUUGUACAGUCAACAAUCAAGGGGAAGCAAGGCCGUAGUUGGUCACCCUCAGGGCAGCCCAUCGUUGGCCGAUUUAAUCCAAGAGAAUUCCAACCGAAGCCCGAUAUCCACUGACUCUCACUGUGGUGACAAAGCAUCAGGGGGUUUGCAUGAGGCGACACAUCUCUCGCUAUCUGAACUCGCCUCGCAGCACCAAAGCAGAUUGAGCCACCUUCCGAAAAACACCAACAUAAACAUCAGCGGGAUCAUGUCGCUAUCUGAGCUAGCGCUGCAGCCUCACACCGAGAGCCCUUUAUUGGUGUCGUCCCAUCAGGCAGCAGGCACUCCAAAGCGACCGCCGGGCUUCCCGGAGCCGCUCCCCGUCUCGCGUUUGACCUGCGCACCAGGCGAAACCUCCGCCACCUCAAAUGGGUCACAGUACUUCCUCAGCUCGCUCGCCUCACCAGCGAAACCGGCGCUGGCGCCAAACGCUUCAAAAGGCGGGGACAAGCGUGAGCUCCACCGCAAGGUCGGGAACCCGAGGGAAAACCGCGAGAACCCGAGGUCAAACCAGCGCAUUGAUUUGAGCGCUCUAAUUGCCAACAUUGACGAUUUCCCCUCGCUAUCCUGUCCCGCGCCGGUCGCCUUUGGGGUGGACUCUUCGGUCUUCGCUCGACCAUCCGUCUUUGCCAUCACGUUGUCCUUCCGAAGCUGCAGGCGACACAGGAGAACUCAAAGGCUCGGUAAAAUCUGUCGGGAGGCAGGAAGUAGUCGGUUGGUAUUUAUCCGCAAGGCCAAAGAGCAGCACGGCCUACUUGAGCAGAUCACGCCGUUCACGUUUGAUACUCCUUCGCCGGACGACAUCGUGAGGGCCAAUCAAAAAAAAGCUUUCACCAGGUAGACGAGAGGUCAUAUAACACGAGACCUAGAAAAACUUGGAAUAACAUUGCUCUUUGCUGUGGACUAAACGCACCAUUUGGCGCAAUGAACUUUUCAUGUGAUGAUAUAUUUGUACAUUAGCGUUUAUAGAUCUUUUAUUUUGUGCCACACACACUUCUUACGCUACUCCUCUACUUGAUACAACUCUUGUUCUUAUAAAUUCCUUAGUUUUUCUGGCAGCUGAAUGAAUGUCUUACCAACUUUUGUAGAUUUUUUUUAUUGUGUGUACAAAUGUGUUUUCUUGACUUUUAAAAAAGAGUGGUUAUUUUAAUGCACUUCUUCUGCCUUUGGCUUUUUAACCACACUUUACAGGAAUGUCAUUAAACUUUAGCUGUAGUGAAAUUUGAAAUAAUAGUCUUUUAAAUUGUUUUGCCUCUUUUCUUUUUUUUGGGCUUGGCAAACCCCACCUAGAAACUAAAAGAAAGAGGUUGAUGUAGCGUGCAGGUGCAGUUAUUGGAUCUGGAUCAGCUAACCAUGGUGAUGGUUUACUGUUGCUUGGGUUUGACAUCAUGGGGGAGACAACUUUUUUUUUUAAUUCUUUUUUUUUUUUUUUUUUUUUUUUUUAUAAAUGACACCUGGGGUUUUUCUCAUGAGCGAGUGUGUCACACACAGACUGUUUAUUAUGAAUAAUACACAGUCAAUGUUAUGAAUAAUGAUGUAGAAUUAUUUAAAGGAAUAAUAAUGAGAAUUAAUAAUGUUUAAGUUAGUGUGUCACCACACGCUGCCUGAGGUUAAUUUGGUAAAUUGAAAUAAAGGCACAUUUAAAUAUGAAUAA